ACGAUCAAAGAUGGGGAACGUACUAGCGGCUUCACCGUCAAAUCCCUCAUCUCCCGGCAAUGUUGGGUCGAUGCCGCCACCGCCACCUCUCACGGCAGCUCCCCCUGUGGAACCAAAGCCGCAACCGGCUGAAAAACCAUCCAACAGCAAUCCUGGAACGUAUGAAGAUCUACACAAAUCGUGCAAAGAUGUUUUCCCCCAAGCAUUUGAGGGCUGUAAACUGGUCAUCAAUAAAGGCUUAAGCAAUCACUUCCAAGUCAGCCACACCCUUCUGCUCAGUAGCAUGGGGCCUGGGGCAUAUCAUUUUGGAGCCACCUAUGUAGGAAAUAAGCAGACAGGUCCUAACGAGGCAUUUCCUGUGUUGCUUGGAGACAUUGAUACAAAUGGUAGCCUUAAUGCCCAAAUGAUUCAUCAGUUUACCAACAGAAUCCGAGGCAAAAUGGUGAUUCAGACUCAAAAAUCAGUGUGGGUUCUUGUCCAAAGUGAUGCUGAAUACCGUGGAGAUGAUUUCACUGCAAGUCUGACGGCUGGUAAUGUAGAUAUACUCAAUAGUUCUGGUAUCCUUGUGGGACACUAUCUUCAAAGAAUGGCUCCACGCAUCGACGUAGGAGGCGAAUUGCUUUACCACUACGGAUCUGGUCAGGAAAUGGCCAUGAUGUCCUGUGCCGGUCGAUAUACAGCAGAUAAUUGGAUCGCCUCCGCGACUGUUGGUCAAACGGGAUGGCACUUGAGUUACUGGCACAAGGGCAACGAGAAUGUAAAGGUUGGCGUGGAGUAUGAAUACAACACAAGGGCCCGUGAUACUUCGGUGAGCGCGGGGUAUCAAAUUGAUGUACCCAAAGCUAAUUUCACAUUUCGCGGAAUGCUGGAUACAAAUUGGACAGUGGCGGCUGUAAUGGAAAAGAGACUUCCACCAUUGCCGUUCACGUUUUGAUUAAGUGGCAUGGUGAAUCAUACCAAGAAUCAAGCUCGGUUUGGGUUUGGUCUAAAUAUAGGUUGAAUGUCGGGAUUAGUGUUGCUAUCUGAGCAACUGCAUACCUACCCCUCCCUUAACUCAACACCUGUCAACUGAUAACAAGUUAGGGUUAAUGCUGGGCCCAAGGGAUGGGUAGGUGAGCAGUUGUUCAGAUACAGACACUGAUCCAAAUAUUGUUGCUCAAAGCGUUGAGAUUCUUUUGUGAUUACUUUUUAAUGGCUUUGUACGGAUCAAUCAGAUUGUGAAAGCGAAUUUUCUCCAGAUCUGGCUAUAUCAGUUGCCUAUAGCGCUUUUACCUCGAAGAUCAGCCGGCAGAGUGUUUUAUUUAACUGGGGAGUAGGAACUGUUUACAAACGGAUGGCGCAUGUAUGUGUGAAGGACCCCGUAUAUAUGUGGUUUAAGACUUAACUUCAUCGUACUGCCCAGUAUCGCGGUGGAAACAGAUCUGAAUAAAUUGCUGUCUGAUAAUCUCUGGAUUUCCUCCUUCGGGUUGAAGAGCACUGCGUCUCGUAUUGAUUAGACGCUUAAUAAACAGCCCACAAGUGAUCUUUACAUGA